UUAGGAAAAAAAAAGUGGCAAGUGAGGAUUAGGAUCGGAGGGGAUGACGUCCCAUCACACGCGCCGCGCUGAAGAAGGCCCCCAAGAUGGCGAUGCUGGCCGAGCCCCGUAGAAGACAGAAGUGGUCCGUGGAUCCACGAAACACUGCCUGGAGUAAAGAUGAAUCUAAAUUUGGACAGAAGAUGCUGGAAAAGAUGGGCUGGUCCAAAGGAAAGGGUCUUGGAGCUCAGGAGCAAGGAAAUACAGAACACAUCAAGGUUCAAGUGAAAAACAACAUGCUGGGGUUAGGAGCAUCCAUCAAGAACGAGGACAACUGGAUUGCUCAUCAGGAUGACUUCAACCAGCUUCUAGCUGAACUGAAUGAUUGCCAUGGACAGAGUGAAACAGAAUCCUCAGUGACUAAUCAAAAGAAGACAUUUAAUCUUGAGGAAAAAUCUAAGUCCUCUAAGAAGCGUGUCCAUUAUAUGAAGUUUGCAAAAGGUAAGGAUCUCUCAUUGCGCAGUGAGGAUGACCUGUCCUGCAUAUUUGGGAAGCGACAGAAGAGUAUGAAGACACAGGACGAGGCUACUGAUGCUGAGUCUCAGGAAGAGAAGCAUGAAGGCUCCUGGCUCCCUGAAUCUACAGAGAGCGUCAAUACUGUGAAGAGUGUUCUCACUGUCCAGGAAUAUUUUGCCAAGCGCAUGGCAAAACUGAAAGGAUCCCAAAAUGAAGCAGAAACAAAGUUAGAUGGUUGCUGCCCCUCAGAAGAAGCAGCCUUGGAGAUUUCAGAAGAACUGAAAACUAAAGCCAAGAAGAAAAAGAAGAAGCAGAAGAGAGAUGAGGCAGAGAGUGCAGAGCACUGUGAGGAACCACAAGGGAAAAAGUGUAAGAUAAGUAGCUUGAAUGGGGAGGAACUGGAUGCUCCUUUAAAUGAAUGCCACUCGAGGAAAAAGAAGAGGAAACAUAAAGAGCAGCAUGAUGGGGAAAACAUUAGUUGUGAUGAAAAUAUGGAUGGUGGAGAAACUUAUAUGGGAGUAUCUGAUGGGGAAGAUCUCAAAGUAGAGGACUCUGAGGCAAAGCAAAAGAAACGCCAUAAGAAGAAGCACAAAAAGCAAAAAGGGGAGAUGGAGGAGUGCACUGAAGGGAUGCUGAGAAAGAAAAAGAAGCACUGCAAGUAGGUUUAACUAUUUGUGAGUCAAACUGAGACUGUGAGGUGAUUUGAACUUUAUCGUGCUGGAUGAGGAGCCUACGUAAGCACCAGCCAGACAUCGUGUUGUAAUUCAGUCCUGAGAACACCUGAGCUCUUCAUCCAACUGAAACCUCAGCUUGUGUUUAAAUAUAGCUCUUACAAUGGGGCUGAGAACACUGUGAAAGGCCAACAUGAGCUUCAGUGCCUUUUCAAAUGUAUCCACGAAUGGGGCCAAGACUUGCAUGGCUACAAAUCAUAGAAUCACAAAAUGGUUGGGUUGGAAGGAACCUCGAGUAUCAUGAAGCUCCAACCCCCUGCUGCACGCAGGGCCACCAACCUCCACAUUUAAUACCAGCCCAGGCUGCCCAGGGCCCCAUCCAACCUGGUCUUGAACACCUCCAGGGAUGGACGGGGCAUCCACAGCCUCUCUGGGCAGCUGUUCCAGCACCUCACCACUCUCUUGACGACAAACCAAGACUUGAUAAAAAAGAGAAGCCAUUAUGCUUUUCCAAUUUGGCAAACCUAAAGUUCACCCUCGAGGCUGUGCAGGAGCUAUGUUUUUACACAAGCAGAACCUGUACCUCCUUCAGCCCAGAUUCACGCUGCUGUGAUUCCAUUUCAGACAGCAGUAAGCAAAGUCAGGGCUGGUUUUAACCACUGCCCUUAGGACUGGUAAAUGGCAGAGUGCUGCUUCACAUUGACUGACAUCCUACUGCUGCCUUUAUUAGUAAAGCCAAUGUUGUUUUCACCUCAAUAGCUCAGCUCCUGGGAACAUAAGGGGUUUUGCAAAGCUGGAUGUAUUUUUUUCACUGAUUUUUGCAAAGUUAUGUGUUAUUUUUUCAUCGAUCUCCAUUUUCAUACAAAAUGAAUGUUGUUUCUUCCCAAAAUACUUGAGUCCAAUUAAAGGAUUGUGCUAAAGUGUCAGUACUAAAGAAUGAAAUAAAAUUACUCCCUUUGUUCCCUAUCCAAUACUUAACUAUUGUCAAGUAAUAUUAACUUUGAAACAGAGCUACACGAGCUGUGCCUUUAUGAUCCAUAUCUAAAUCUUUGGUUCCCAGGCAGCAUUCAUGGUACUCACAGUGAUGCACACAGCAUUCAAUGAUGUCUUGGAUGAGCAAAGUUUUGUAUGGAAUUAGGACAUCAAAUAGAUUUUAUCUACAGUAGUCUUGCAUUUGCACGUUGAAACCUUGCAGUUUACAUUUGUAACCAAAUGAGAGCCUGUUCCUCAUUGUAAACCUGGAAAGCAGUAAUGAGGAGCUGAAUGUGGUUUGAGAAACAUUGACAAGACGCAGAUGUAAUAUGAAAGAAUUUCCUUCAGCUGCUUUUAUUGUCCAGCAGGGGAAAUGCAGCCCACAACACGUGGCCCACGUGGCUUCAGUUGCAGCUGAACUGGACUUCUCACUAUGUAAGCUGUGUUAGUUUGCAAGUGCACCUUUCUUGCCCUAAGGACGCGCUCAUUCAUUGCAGCAAGAUGACUGUAGUCAUCAGGAAGAGCUGCCUUUCCCUGUGCUCCCUGCUGGGGUGCUGGAUGAUUUUAACCCUUAUGGCAUUUGCUUUUCAACACUGUGCAAAUAUUAGCCAGCAUGAUGCUGCCGUGCUGGGCUUGUCCCCUGCCUUCCUUCAAUGGUGUAUCCCAGCAAUGCCAUGAGAUUGCUACAGCUGGGACAUGAAAAAAAAUUAUAUUCUCAAUGGGAGAAGCACCAAAGUAACGUUUCACAUUAUAUUGAAGCAUCUGUGUGUUCAGGCAGCUUUUCUAGUUCUUUCCUCACUGUGAGUUGGAGUUUAUUUGUCAGUAGAAGCCCCACCGUGUUUCCCAUCGCACUUUUUUUAACUCCUAAGGAGCUGAACCUUACGGUCUCUAGGGGAUUUUAAGACUAAAAGAUGCUAGUAAAUGAACAGGGUUUCCUUCUCCCAGUACUGCUGGGUUUGUUUGCUUGUUCUAUUAAUCUUCCGCAACCUUCUUCGUGCUAAUUCCUACAGAAAGCGUUUGGCCGCAUUCCAGUGUUACAGAAAGAACAAAAAAAAAGGAAUAAAUCUUUAAAUUUA